AUGAAAAAACGAAUCGAUGAGGCACAAAGGAAGUUUGGUGAGGUCAACACUCGUAUUUGUCACGAUUGCAAGGAGUCAGGAUGGACUCCAGCGCACAGGGCCGUGUGCAAGAUGAAGAAUAAUCAACCAAGAUUUCGAAGUAAGGUCGUCAAGAAGACGAUCGUCCCUGUGCCCAAUCAGCAGACUGAUUACAACUCUGAUGACAAUAUGGAUACAGAUACGGAAUCCGACGAGCAGAACAUGACCUUCGCAGCCAUGAGCAUUAAAGAUUGUGAGUAUCAAUACAUGAAUGAACCACCUCGCAAUUUACUAAACAAAAACUCUAUUAUUUUGCCAAUUACUUUAGAGGGCAACGACAUCAAGGUUCGAACCUACUUUCUUUUGGACACAGAAGUGAAAAUAAAUAAAGACAUUAAAGGCAUCAUUAAAGCUUGUAAAAAGGACACUGUUAUUGAUAGAAUUGGUUCUACAGAAGAAGACAUUAAGAUUACAUAUAAUUCUCGCCAAUGUUACUCUAAAUUUGAGAUUUUUGAUAUCUUUAGUAACAUUGAUGUGGUAAUUGGUAUGGAUUUGAUCAUGCAAAUUGGCAUUACAAUCUCCAACAUGGCGAUGGAUUGGGAUGAUGAUAAUAACCCUGAGAUUCCUACAAUUGAUCCAAAUCCCUACACUCCUAAUGAUUCUCCUUAUGGUACAGAGGCAGAGAGAGCUCAGUUCAUGAAAGAAAUUGAACCGUACAUUGAGGCCAACAAAAACAUUGAUCCUAAGGCAUAUUGCAAUAUACCAGGUAGUACCCUAGAGUUGCAUAAAUUGAAAGAUCAUGAAAACAAAAUGUAUAAACCUCAAUGGCCCCUGGAAGAAAAGUUUUUACCAACUAUUGAGGAACAAAUGGCUACAUGGAUUAGGAAUGGUUUCAUUCAACCAGCACCACCUGGAACGCCAUACAACUCACCUAUAUUCUGUGUACGUAAAAAGACUAGCACUGGUGAGUAUGCUCCUGGUGUUUAUAGAGUAGUUGUGGAUUGCAGAGCUGUCAAUGCUGCAUUAGAUCCAGACAAAUCCGAUCGAUUCCCACUACCUUUGAUUAGCACAUUACAUAGAAAGAUGUCAGAACACGCUAUAUUUUCGGUGUUGAAUCUUUCACAAUGUUUCCAUAGUUUUAGGCUAGCAAGCGCUUCUCGCAAAUAUGUUUCAUUUAUCGAUCCAACAACUGGCCUGCAAUGGAGCUUCAGGAACUGCCCCCAUGGGAUUACUACCAAUUAG